AUGUUGCCGCUCUCCGCGCUCAGCUCCUCGCUGAUAGCGCCUCAUCUGCCGCAGCAGCGUCACGUGCCGCCGCCCGGAGCGGCGCGGAUGACUGCUGACAGCCCGGACGCCGCCGCUUCCGACGCAGAGCGCAGCGCGCGCGUCUCGCUCGCCGCCGUCGCCGCCGUCGGCUGUGCAGAGACGGGCGCCAUCACGGCCGACAAGCUGUGGGGUGGCGGCGCGCUCGGCGCGAUGUGCUCGUCGGUGGGCGGAGGAUGCGCCGACGUGCUCUCCGGGCCGUGGGCCAGCGUCGGCCCGCUGCCUCUCGCCAGCCUCGGGCUAGCAGCCUACGGAGGCCUGGCGCUGCUCGUCCGGCUGCUGCAGCUGCAGGCCGCGUGCGGACUGUGCCUGCUCUCGGCGGGGCUGUCCGCCGCGGUGCUCGCUCUCGCGUGGCGGCUGCCGUCGACGAGACGGACGGACGAGGAUGCGGAGAUGGCGCCGUUCGGCGAGCGGUCGCCCGCCCCCAUCGCCUCCCACUCCAGCCGCCGCGCGCUCGAGUUGUCGGAGAGGCUGGCGGCGCGAGGCGCAAAGAUGUACGGCGCCUGGUGGUGCUCGCACUGCGCCGGCCAAAAGGAGACACUCGGCGCAGAGGCAAUGGGCGAGGGCGGCUUUUACGUCGAGUGCUCGCCCGACGGCGCCGGCGCCGAGAACGAGCGCUGCGUCGCUGCCGGGGUCAAGGGGUACCCCACCUGGGAGGACCUCUCCGAGCUCGAGGAGAUGCUCUCCAGCGCAAAGUGA